AUGGUGAACACGGGCAUGCAACUGAUUAGCUUCACCUGCGCGGUGACCGGCUGGAUCAUGGCGAUAGCGGUGACUGCUUUGCCUCAAUGGAAAGUGUCGGCCUUUGUGGGCAGCAACAUCCUGACGUCAGAAAUCAAGUGGGAGGGCAUCUGGAUGAGCUGCGUCUACCAGACCACCGGUCACAUGCAGUGCAAGACGUACGACUCCAUGUUAGCGUUGCCCCCUGACAUCCAGGCCGCACGCGCGCUCAUGUGUUUGGCCAUUUUCAUGGGAUGGUUAUCCUGCACCGUGUCUUGCUGCGGAAUGAAGUGCACCACCUGCGCCGGGGAUGACCGCCAAGCCAAGGCGGGCAUCGCGCUGGCCGGCGGGAUUCUUUUCAUCUUGACUGGACUGUGCGUUCUCGUUCCCAUUUCGUGGACUGCGAACACCGUGGUUCAAGAUUUUUACAACCCAAACGUGCCGCUGAUGCACAAACGGGAGUUGGGUCAGGCUAUUUAUCUGGGUUGGGCCGCAGCGGUUAUUUUGAUGAUUAGCGGCGCGGUGUUGAGUAGCACGUGCCCGUUGGCGGAUAGGGGGGGACGGUAUCGCAGAGGAUACGUGGGACGUAAUUUUGCGAAUUCGCCUGCUUCGGCGCCGAAUCUUCCUAAAACUAUUACAUCGACCAGUUUACCGCUUAAGGAGUACGUGUAG